AUGCGUUUCAUUCCCGUCAUUGCGACGGCGCUGCUCGCCAUCUCCAAUGUCACUGGAGCCUCACCUGCAGCAUCCAGCGGCGCUGCGGAGACCUCCGUGGCUGCUGCUGCCGAUACUGCUAACACGAACAAUGCGAAUAGCGCCAACAGCAACGACGCUGCUAAGACUGCCGUGGUAAACGCCCCGCAAGCCGCUGCUACUACUCAGGCUGCGACCCAAAACACCAACAAUUCGGAGGAGAAUGAUGGUGCCUCAUCGGCUGAUACAGCGAAAGCCAACUCGGCUGCCAACACGGCCAAUGCAAACACGGCCAACUCUGGCAACAUCAUUGACACCCUCCUGGGCAACACCGCGACGGCCAAGGCUGAUACCGCGACGACUGCCCCCAAGGCCAGCAACACCGCCAACGAGGACAACACCGCCUCGGCUCAGGAGACUGCUUCCUCCACUGGUUCCUCUACCAAGUCUGGAUCCUCCAGCAGCACCUCCAGCUCCACCAAUGGCAUCGAGUCCCUUCUCAGUGGUCUCACUGGAAGCGGUGGUGCUCUCUCUGGACUCACCUCCCUGGGCGAUGAUCUCGAGGGCCUCCUGAAGGGCAUUUCUGGUCUGCUCAACCCUAACCUGUUGUCUGAGAUUGAGGAUACCUUCAAGUAUCUCUCGACCUCAUUGGCUCCCCCUGUUGACAACAACAUCCGGGUUCUUCUGUCCAAUGACAACACCCAGGCCCUGGGCACGCUGAUCGGUAACGCCGGCAAGCUGCUGAACGACAAGAACACCGCGACUCUGUCCAGCAUUCUUAGCAAGGCCGACAACCUGCUGUCUGAUAACAACCUCAACAACCUGCAGAAGCUGCUCAACAACAUCGACAAGGUCAACGACCUGGUCGUCAAUGCCGACAGCCUGCUCAGCAAGCAGAACGUCAACAACAUCGAGGGUCUUCUCAGCAAGGCCUCCAAGCUUCUCACCGACAGCACUGUCAAUGCUCUGGAGACUCUUCUCAAGGGUGUUGUCGACAUUCUGCCUCAGCUCAAGAGCUUCCUGACCCCCGCCACUUUCAGCAAGCUGAACACUCUGCUGACCAACGGUGGCAAGUUGCUUACCGAGGAUUUCAUCAACAAGACCAACUCUCUCAUCGAUGCUGCUUCGGACCUUCUUACCCCGGCUACCAGCAAGGCCCUCAAGGAUCUCCUGAACCAAGUCACCCCUCUGCUGCCAUCGAUCAAGAAGCUCUUGACCACCGAGACCCUGAACGAGAUCCAAAACCUGCUCUCCAGCGGAAACAAGCUGCUUACGGAUGCUUUCAUCAAGAAGACCAACUCUCUUAUCGAUGCCGCUUCCGAUCUGCUCACUCCUGCGACCAGCAAGGCCCUCAAGGAUCUUCUCAACCAGACCCUGAACGAGAUCACGAACCUUCUGUCUCACGGAAACAAGCUGCUUACCGACGCUUUCAUCAACAAGACCAACUCCCUCAUCGAUGCUGCUUCGGACCUUCUUACUCCGGCUACCAGCAAGGCUCUCAAGGAUCUUCUCAACCAGGUCACUCCUCUGCUGCCCGAGCUGAAGAAGCUGCUUACCCAGCAGACUCUGGACGAGUUGCAGUCGCUGUUGACACAUGGCAACAGCCUGCUCACCGACGACUUCGUCAAGGAAACCAAGAGUUUGAUUGCUGGUGCCUCUGGCCUCCUGACCAAGAAGACCACCGAUGCUCUCACCACUCUGCUCGAUGCCAUUGUGCCGCUGGUCCCGACACUGAAGGGCUUCCUGACCAAGGAGACCUUCAACGAGUUGAGUACUCUGCUGGGCAACGGCAACGACCUGCUGACUGCCAGCUUCGUCAACGAGACCAAGUCUCUGGUUGGAAACGCCGACGAGCUUCUGACCCCCGACCUGGUCUCCGGUCUCAAGGAGAUCCUCGGCGAGGUCACCCCUCUGCUGCCAGAGAUCAAGAAGCUUCUCAAGCCUUCUACUAUCUCGGCUAUCAGCAGCUUGUUGAUGAACGCCAACGACCUCCUCGACGCUACCUUCGUCAACGAGACCCGCCACCUGAUCGACGGCGCCGACGACUUGCUCUCGCCAUACGUCCUCGGUGGUCUCCACGAGCUGCUUAACGGUCUCGUUCCCGUCGUCCCCACUAUUAAGAAGGACUUCCUGAACGAGACUACCCUCCACAACCUGACCUACCUCCUGGGUAACGGCACUACCCUCCUGACCCCGACGUUCGUCGCUGACACCAGCGACCUCAUCACCGAGGCCGGAGAGUUGCUCACCCCCGAGAUGGUCAAGAGCCUGAAGGGUCUCCUGGGUAACCUUGAGGACUCCAUGCCAGAGAUCCAGAGCCUGCUGAAGCCCGAGAGCAUCAAGAAGAUUGAGACUCUCCUGGGUAACGGCGCUGAUCUCCUGAGCAAGUCGUUCGUCAAGAAUACCACUGACAUCAUUUCCGAUGUUUCAGAAUUCCUUCCUCUGAUUGAGGGUCUUCUGAACUCGCUGUAG